GCUCAACGUUUUUGCCGUCGAUAAUUGAAAAUUAAUUUUAGUAUAUAAAUGACAGCGAUUGUAAAAGUUGUCAUUAAUCAAACAGAGCUUCUGUUGUACGGAAAUAAAUUUUCUUAUCCCUUCGAAUUUUCAAUAAAUAAAAAAGAACAAUUAACAUCACAAUGACUCGCAAAGGUUGUGGAACAAAUUGUCUAUGCUGUCAAUGCAACUGUGGAACUGCCUGUAAAUGUGAUGAGCAAUGUAAGUGUGGAGCAGGAUGUAAAUGCAAUGGUCAAUGUAAGUGUGGAGCAGGAUGUAAAUGCGAUGGUGAGUCCAAGUGUGGAGCAGGAUGUAAAUGCGAUGGUCAAUGCAAGUGUGGAGCAGGAUGUAAAUGCGAUGGUGAGUCCAAGUGUGGAGCAGGAUGUAAAUGCGAUGGUCAAUGCAAGUGUGGAGCAGGAUGCAAAUGCGAUGGUCAAUGCAAAUGUGGAACCAGUUGCAAGUGUGGAGCAGGUUGUAAAUGCGAUGGUCAAUGUAAGUGUGGAGCAGGAUGUAAAUGCGAUGGUGAGUCCAAGUGUGGAGCAGGAUGUAAUUGCGAUGGUCAAUGCAAGUGUGGAGCAGGAUGCAAAUGCGAUGGUCAAUGCAAAUGUGGAACCAGUUGCAAGUGUGGAGCAGGUUGUAAAUGCAAUGGUCAAUGUAAGUGUGGAGCAGGAUGUAAAUGCGAUGGUGAGUCCAAGUGUGGAGCAGGAUGUAAUUGCGAUGGUCAAUGCAAGUGUGGAGCAGGAUGCAAAUGCGAUGGUCAAUGCAAAUGUGGAACCAGUUGCAAGUGUGUAGCAGGUUGUAAAUGCGAUGAACAAUGCAAAUGUGGAGCGGGAUGUAAAUGCGAUGGUCAAUGUAAGUGUGGAGCAGGAUGUAAUUGUGAUGGUCAAUGCAAGUGUGGAGCAGUAUGCAAAUGCGAUGGUCAAUGUAAGUGUGGAGCAGGAUGUAAUUGUGAUGGUCAAUGCAAGUGUGGAGCAGUAUGCAAAUGCGAUGGUCAAUGUAAGUGUGGAGCAGGAUGUAAAUGCGUUGGUCAAUGCAAGUGUGGAGCAGGUUGUAAAUGCGAUGGUCAAUGCAAGUGUGGAGCAGGAUGUAAGUGCGAUGCCUAAUCAAACUGUACACUGAAGUCACAAAGUAAUAGAAAAGAGGCAUGUUGGAAGUGUAGAGAAGGCUGAAGGAAAUUCUUUAUGAUUGUUGAUGGACUGAUUUUGUAAAACAAAA